AUGGCUUCAUCACUACGGACCCUCCUACCUCGGACAACGACCAAACACAUCACGCGACACUCCCACCACCACCGAAUACCACUACAAUGUCUACUGAACCAGCAACGAUCCUACAGCACACCCACCCCCACACCCACUCGCCUCGAAGCCCCCGAUGCCUCCGACCCCAAACUCAGCGCCAUAGACACCUCCACCCUCACCAUAACCAAAACCACCACCCCGAAAACCCCAACCCCACACAACGAACUCAUCUUCGGCCGCACCUUCACAGACCACAUGCUCAGUCUAGAAUGGACGGCCGAAUCAGGCUGGUUAGCACCGAACAUAACACCCUACCAGAACCUCUCCCUCGACCCGGCGACGUGCGUGUUACAUUACGCCUUUGAGGCAUUCGAGGGAAUGAAAGCAUAUAAAGAUAAGAAUGGCCAUGUACGACUAUUCCGCCCGGACAAAAACAUGGCCCGUCUAAACCGAAGUGUCGCCCGAAUCGCCCUCCCCACCUUCGACGGCCCCAAAAUGAUCGACCUCAUAAAAGAAUUCUGCCGUCUCGAAUCCCGCUUCAUCCCCCAGACAAAAGGCUACUCCCUCUACCUCCGCCCCAACAUGAUAGGCACACAGCGGACAUUAGGUGUAGGACCCCCUGGCUCCGCACUCCUCUACCUCAUCGCCUCACCCGUAGGCCCCUAUUACCCAACAGGUUUCAAAGCGAUAUCCCUCGAAGCAACAACCUACGCCGUGCGCGCCUGGCCCGGCGGCGUAGGAGCAAGUAAACUAGGCGCCAACUAUGCCCCCUGUAUCGUGCCGCAAAUGCAGGCGGCGAGACGCGGCUUCCAGCAGAAUCUCUGGUUGUUCGAGGAUGUGGACCCGGAGACGGGGCGGAAGGAGGAUUUUGUCACGGAGGUGGGGACGAUGAAUUUGUUUGCUUGUAUUCGGGAUGAGAAGACUGGUCAGCCGGAAUUGGUUACGGCGCCGUUGGAUGGCACGAUUUUGGAGGGGGUGGUGAGGGAUAGUAUCCUCACCCUCGCCCGCGAACGCCUAGUACCACAAGGCUGGGCCGUGAACGAACGCCGCUUCACGAUGCGGGAAGUAGUCGAGGCGUCAUCUGAGGGUCGACUCAUGGAAGUUUUCGGUUCCGGGACAGCGGCUGUGGUUAGUCCGGUGAGGAGUAUUGGAUAUCAGGGCCAAAUGAUCAGUUGUGGACUUCCCGAGGACAAGGAAGUCGGGCCCGUGACGUUGCAGAUGAAGGAUUGGAUUGAGGGGAUUCAGUAUGGUGAGGAGGAGGGGCAUGCUUGGAGUUGGAAGGUGUGA